AUGUUUACUCGCGCCAUUCGUCCCUCCGUGAACGCUGCCCGCCGGGUCGCUGUUCCUGCCCCCAGGUAUACUUCUCAACGCACUAACGACCCAGAAGUUCUCGAGCGAGAGAAGCAUAAGAACUUGCGUGGGGAGCAACACUCGCCGCACACUCAUGCCCCAGGAUGGAACGAGGCUCUGGCCUCUGAUUCUGAAGCUGUCAUAAAGGCUGACCAGGCCACUGGCACUCCUCAAGAGAUGGCAUCCUCUACGCUCGAGUACAUGAAGAAACAACACCUGAUACAUGGCCCACUGGGUGCUCUUGCACGCGGAGCGAAGAAGGCCGUCGACGCCCUUGCCGAGGCUGCCGCUACGGACCACGAAGACGUCCAAGGCCAUUUGUCCGAUAAGGGAGCCAGGCUGAACAGGCCCGUCGCGCUUCGAUGA